AUGAUUGAAUUAACGUUAUUUUUACAUUUAUUUUUCCUAUCAUUUGUAUUAAUAAAUUGUCAACAACUUCAAUGGACUUUACUUAGUGAAGUUCCAACUGGAGAUGGACCAACACCUAGACGUAAUGCAGCAAUGGGUUUUGAUUCAUCAUUUCUUAUCUUAUAUGGUGGUAGAGAUCAAACAGGAAUGCCUACUCAAGAUACGUUUGCUUUUAAUAUUCUUCAAGGCUAUUGGGAACGAUUAAAUUUUGCAAAUACACCAUCUAGUCGAUAUGGUAUGGGAUUCGCUAGUUCACCUGGUAGUGGCUUAUAUGUUUUUGGUGGAUUUGGAAUGCAACAAGGUUCAUCACAAUAUUAUAAUCCAUAUACAGCUUAUGGUCAAUCAGGAUUUCCAAGUUCUAAACAAAAUCCAGCAGCAAAAACUAAACGUAGUGCAGCAGUUCAGAGUAAACAAAAUUUUAAUCAAAUGAAUCCUACUGGAUAUAAUAAUUAUAAUAAUAAUGAUGAUCGUGCCGAUGAAAAUUAUUAUCCAUUACAAGAUGCUUGGUUUCUUAGUUAUAUGACAAAAAGUUGGCAACAAACACAAACAUCUCAAUAUGGACGUGGUUUAGGUGCAGCAGCUGCUUCACCCUAUUCAAGUGCUAUACCUCGAGUUAUCUAUAGUAUGGGUAAAAGUCGUGAUUGGAUUUAUUCAACUGUUGAAUCAAGUGGUCAAGUUACAUCAGGUUAUAAUCAAUUCAGUUCAGGACAAUCAGCUAUAAUUAUGUAUGAUUUAUCAUCAUAUAGUCCUGCCUAUCCACAUGCUCGUUAUGGUCAUUCAACAACAUUACUCACAGAUAACCAUCUGUUACUUUAUGGAGGUUGUUUAAGUGGUUAUGGCAAAGGUGGUCCAUGUCCAUCGUCGGAUACCUGGUUGUUACAUCUUGAUCGUGGUCAUUGGGAACGUCUUUGGGGAUGUCCAACAACAAAAUAUGGUGCUGCUAUGGUUACACUUCCUUCAUUUAGUACAUGUGCAUCAAUGGGCCGUCAAGGAGGAAUGUAUGGAGGUGCUGCAGGAGUAAAUAUGGGAGCUGAACAACCAGUAGCCGUCUUAUGGGGUGGUCGUGAAUUUACUGCAUCAUCUAUUCGUUCAUAUUUAAGUCCACGUGAAGAAGUAGCUGUAUUUAGUUUAAGUCAAAAAGAAUGGACUUUAAGACGAGCAGCUCCAUCUUCAGAUGGUGGUUAUCCAAUACAACGUGAAGGUGCUGCUUAUGUUGCUGGAUGCUUUCAAAAUACACCUGGCAUGUUUGUCUUUGGUGGACGAAGUGUUUCGGAUGGUCGUUUACUUUCUGAUCUUUGGUUUUUACAAGCAUCACCACAAGAUGCAUUAAAUGCACCUCGUUCACGUAGUUGUAUUUAUCCAUUUUCAUUCUAUCAUCUUCAUGGAAUAUUUCAAUUUUUUACAUAUGGUAUUAUCUUUCCAGUUGGUUAUUUAGUUGGUCGUCAUGCAACAAGUUUAUCUAUUAGACGACCAUUACAUAUGAUCUUGCAACUUUUGGGUGUUGCAUGUGCUAUUUGUGGUUUUGCUUUUGGUGUACAUUCUGUUCGUGCUCCAGCACGGGGUCAUUUUAAAUCUGCACAUUCUAUUAUUGGUAUAAUAACAUUUAUUUUAACAAUUAUUCAGUUUAUUGUUGGAAUAAUUGGUGCUUUUUUUCUUGGAAAACGUGCUGCAGUUAAAACUGAACGUAUUAGUGAAUCAGGUCAAAAGAUUCAUUUUGAACAAACUAAUUCUGAUACAUGGGGUGGUGAAGGUACUUGGCGCAUUGGUCAUCGUAUUUUAGGUUUACUUAUAUUAGCACUUGGCGUAGUUAAUAUAUCAUUAGGCGUUUUUCUUGCCGUAUUACCAUUACCUGUAUGGAUUGUAUGGUUUAUUUGGAUGGGUUUUCUUGUUUUAAUACUUGGUGGUAUGGAGAUUGUUGCAUUAUUACGUCAACGUGGUACUCAUAAAGGUGGAUCACUUAGAUUAAAAGGAGUAAAACGUGAGGAUCCAAAAGGUACAUCACGAACAUCAUUACCAUAUACCGAUGAACCAAAUCAAACACAAAUAACACCUAAACCACGUCAAAAACCUGGUCAUGGAUCACGACCAGAUCCAUCUAUACGUGAUAAUAGCUUACCUCGACAAAGUGGUAGAAGUACGGGUGAUGAUAUGGCACCACUUAUAACUACUUACAGACAAUCAAGACCUGGUGAUGUUAAUGCGUCAGCUAAUCUUCCUGAUUAUAAUCGACCUAAUGAACGAAGAUAUCCAAGUACAUCUCGAACUAGAAAUGAUCCAGCAGACAGUGAAGGCUUUGAUUAUUAUGUUGGUUAUGCACCUGAGCAUGAACAACCUUUGCCACGAGCGGCCAUACAGCAGCAAAACGAGCACAAUCUCACUCGAGUUAGGCUCCAAUAA